AUCUGUUACAUGUUAACGACACCCGUGUUUAUAACCGUGUGUGAAUGGUUGCGGUAUUGUGGCGAUUACAUAUACAAAUCAGCUCCAUUAAAAGCUUAACCGGGAUCAUCAAAGAAAUAUACACAUCAAGAUGUUAAUUCAAACAUACUUGCUGCUAAUUGCGGUGAUGAUACAAGGUCUGCUUGGCGGCAGUACAGCUGAGGGUAUUCCAGAAAUCACAGUCGGACAUUUUCGUAUACUGGACCCUUCCGGGUUCAGAAUCAGAUGGUUUCCUAUAGAAGUUAAGAAUGACACUGAUCCCAUCAUUGGAAUAAAGAUCAAAGUAUGGAGAACACCUUGUGAAAUAAGAACUUAUAAGCAUCAUAAAGAUAAUAAAAUAUUUGAGGUCGUGAAGUCAGAACAUUUGAAAUUCAAUCGCACCACAGUACCUCAAGAGUUACCGGAAAACGAGUACAUCGUGAAACCAGAUGAAGUAUCAUUAUCAGUGCCAUACAUCGACCCGGAGGUGUGGUACCACGUGCGCAUGUUGGCAUUCACGAAGACCUCUGAGGGCCCACUUUCAAGUCCUAUUCAGUUCAAAAUUAACACCAAUGAUGAGAAUGACAAGAAGAAGUCAUGUGAAAGGAUUAUUUCCGAAACUGAAGUUCUGGCGGCAAAAGAAUAAGCCAUCGAACGGGGGCCAAUGUGUGCUAUUACAAACGUUGCUCAGUGUUCGACCCAUGACAAAAAGUUUCAAUGAACAAAGAAAAAAGUUUAUAUUUUUAAUUUUAUUACAUGUGUUUGUAGUGUU